AGCAGUCUUGUAAGAAUCCAGCUACCUCCACCACCAUGAAGUUUGAGAUGGCUGCUACAUUGGCGUUGGCCGCGGGCUCUUCGGCGUUCGUUGCUCCCUCCGUUCCCUUGAACACCCGCGUUGCUCCGUCGAGCGCAUCCUCGAAGACGAGCAUGAUGGCGGGAGAGCGGUCGAAGUCGCUGCCUAUGCUUCCCCAGCCUCCUCUGGUAAGAAGGGCGAUAACCGAGGGACUGAAAACUGAAGCAGAUAUGUACGAUGUGUUCGAUGAUUUGGGGACAAUGCUUCGGGUAUGAGUGUGUCGCUGCCGGCAUGCACGUACACCACCUGCGCUAUCGUGUUUCCUCUGUCUGGUUUGAAUACGACAGCAGGAACAACAGCAGCGUUUUAUGUCGAACUUGAUACUCUCACUUGACGACCCUAACACCGGUAUCAAGCGUUAGACCAAUGUCUCGACCCAUGCCGCCCGUUCGUCAGAGACAUAUCUCUGCGGACAAAUCUUGCUCUCCUUCCCAAGGACACAAGACAACCAACCUCGAAAUUAUCUUUUUGGAUCAUGAACGAAAAACUUGACCAUCCACACGUCAUGCUUUCUUUUUCCUACAAAAGAGACAGAUGGCUGAAAUGGGAACGGCAUGCCGUGUAUGUUUGAAACUGGGCAUGAUAAUUUCUCGUGCCUUUGUUCCUCUGGUCACGCGCACCCUAGACAGGAAUGCCAGUUGUCAGCCACCACUCCUUCUGUAUUCCCCACUAUUGAUGCCCGCUACCCACUAUGCACCCCAUUUCGAGCGCAGCAGCGGGCGGCAACAUCUUCGCCGAUGUGCAUCUAUCUGCGUGUCCCCCUUUUGUGUCGCACGUGAUGUAGCCUCCAGAUGUAUGCAUAGGAUAUCGCUACUUCAUGCACGCUUGCGAAACUCCUCUUCCGCCGCAAGCUCUCUUGUCAUGUGCUGGUUCAUUUGUUUGUUAGGCUUCCGGGCCACCGACUACUAGAAAGACCGCAUGCAUGUGCCUAUCUCAACACAGAUCCUGCGAGCACGAACACGUGCUUGUGGUUACCUACUUCGGUGCGUGGAAGCGGCUCUGCUGUUGUAGCGCCAACGCAUGACGGACGCAUGUAUGAACGCAGCCCCCCUUGCCUUCGCCAGUAUAAUUGUAUAUAUGGCGAGAACCCUGUUGACAUCCUCAGUGGUGUUAUCUUUGUACAUGCCGUUUGUCGCGUUGCUGGGCGAUGAAUAACAAGCUUGUGUAGCUAGCCCGUGUAUCUCAAACAGGAAGGAGAGUUGUGGUCAACCAGCCUGUAUCACAGACUUUCAACGUGCCUGAUAAGGUUCCCCAACGAUUGUGGCGGAGGUGUGCUGCCGCCGGCACUCGUGUUAGUUGUGGUCGUUGCUUGUGGGUGACCGACCCUCUUGAGGAAGACGUUAGCGUUGGCGUUAUAUGCGUAGGCCGCCGAAGAGGGCGCUUGUAUGGCAAACCUGGAACACAAAAUACAAAUCCCCAUGUGCUGAUUGGUCUAUUUUGUCGGCGCGUAUCCUUCAUGUGCUGAAGUGUUUGUUGACUCCUGCCUGCUGGGCAAGACACCGGCAAUCUCAAGCCAGCCUCUCUUGUACUGUACGUACGCACAAUUUUUCCAGCGGAAAUCAAUCGAGCUGCAUAACCACCACAAGGAAAUGCCUCAUCUUCCUCCCUCUUGCCCACCUACACUGGGCAGUCAGACAACAGAAAGUUGAAAUCGUGUCUCGCACCACUCCGAAUCUGCCCACACCAUUCUGGACUGUUUUUCAGGCAACUGUUGACGGCGUCCAUGCGCUUGCCCUCCCCCCUCUCCCCACUGAUGCAUGCACAUCCCGAUCGACCUGUUUCCUAACAUCGACAAAUCAGCAGCAAGUGAUACGCAUAUGCGCGCGCGGUUGUUUUCUAGCGUGUUUUUCACAUAUCUUCCCUUCUUUUUUUUUGCGCCUUCCCCUCUCGCCUCUCAUCUUCUGGCUACCCGUUGACAUCAUGGUCUGCGUUGGGCUCGGCUGCUGGCGGCGCGUUUUCCUGCCACACCGGCUGCUAUUUCCCGUGCGGAUUGGGGGGGGGGGGCCUGAUCCGUCGUGUACUCCAAUCCAUACCGGGUUCCUGGGAAAAAACGGACAAUGAAUCUAUGCCUUGUUCGCGUGGCGAAAACAUCAAUUUCAACACACACCGACGCGCGAAACGCGCGUCCUGCUUGCCUGGACUUCUUGCACACAACGGCGGUGUGUUUCUCACAACAUACACUGAAUCUACAUGAACGGGGCGGAACCAAAAAAAAA